AUGUCAUUGAUAAUUUUAACAGUUGUUGUUCUUCUUCGAUUUGUUGUAGGACAAUUCGAGGUCCCCUUCUUUUACUGUAUCCCCCCAGAUACUUCUAACAACGUGGUUUCGAAAAUCCAGGUUGCAAAUUGCGGGGACUCACCGUGCAAGCUAUAUAGAGGACACUUUUCCAAAAUAUGGGUAGAUAUUGAUCCAAAUUACAAUAGCAGUCUUGGCACCGUUUACUUAACAGCAGUGGAACUUCGUACUAUGAAAAGAUACGUUAUUUUUGAUUCAGACACUUGGUGCUACAACAAAGUGCUUUCACAUUGUGAAUUCAAGGGAAAUGGAAGUUAUAACACAUGGUCACAUUUGAUACCAGUUUUCCCUGACAGCGCUCCCGGAGCUCAGAUAUUAGAAUGGACAUUUGAACAAAAUGGUCAAACGGAGGUUUGCGUAAUGUUUAUGGUUAUAGUUAAAUAA